AGGUGACAUUGAAGGUGAGAUGGUUGGUGCUCCAACUGUCACUUCUGAAGGACAAACAACGUAUACCGGGUGUCAUAUUGACGCAUCUGAAACGUAUUGUCUCGAUGAUAACGGAGAGGAGCUUCAAUUUGUUGUUGAAUCGACGAACGCAAGCUCUGAGACGACUGAUUCCAGUAGUGGUGAGAACUGUCACUUCCAUGCCGGUGUCGAGCACUGUACUGGAGGUAGUUCAGAAACGUCUUGCGAGAGAACUGAAAGAGACUAUGACAUCCCACUGAGAAUUGGCCUGUUGUUCGUCAUCUUGGUAACAUCUGGUUUGGGGUCACUGGGGCCUCUCUUCAUCAAUAAACUGUUCAAGCUUUCUAUGGAGAACAUCGUCUUUGUUAUACUUAAACAGUUUGGUACCGGUAUCAUCAUCUCAACGGCGUUCGUCCAUCUGAUCACUCACGCCAACCUGAUGUGGGCCAACGACUGUAUUGGUGAUGUGGGUUAUGAGGCCACCGGUGCUGCCAUUACAAUGGCAGGCCUGUUCCUCGCAUUCAUCAUCGAAUACGUUGCCAAUAGACUGAUGCAAUGGAGAAACAGCACAUUGCAACAAAAAGACACUAUAGAAGCAGGCCCUGAGCUUUCGACUGUAUCAGCUAACGACGAAGGAUCCGUCGAAUCUGAGCAGAAGAACACAUCACGGUCCAAAGCUGAAGACGUACAGCAUAUGGAUCACCAUUCUCACGGACUGCUACACCCAGAUGAUAAGAUCUCUGUUUUGACCAUGGAGGCUGGUAUCAUUUUCCAUUCCAUUCUCAUAGGUAUCACACUGGUGGUUGCUGGUGACUCCUACUUCAUCACACUAUUCAUUGUUAUUUUAUUCCAUCAAUUGUUCGAAGGUAUUGCGCUCGGCUCUAGAAUUGCGCAGUUAGAGAACACAACUUUUUGGAUGAAGUUCAUCAUGGGCUCAGUCUUUGCUGUUAUUACGCCAAUUGGCAUGGCUAUUGGUAUCGGUGUCCUGUCACAGUUCAACGGUAGUGACAGAAGUACGCUGAUUGCCCUCGGAACCCUGGAUUCAUUCUCUGCAGGGGUCCUCAUUUGGACAGGUGUUGUAGAGAUGUGGGCACAUGACUGGCUCUUUGGUACCUUGGCAGCUGCUUCGUUAUGGAAGACAAGCUGUGCACUCUUCUCUCUCAUCGUGGGGAUGAUAGUCAUGUCCGUCUUAGGUAACUGGGCAUAG